ACUAAACGAAGAAGAAGAAGUCCAGGAAAAGAUAGGAGUGCAUGUUGCUGGUGGCACCAUGCAGCGACGAGCUGCGGUCCGAUAGGAGAAGGACCUCAGAAACAUGGCACCUGUCUCUGCGCGGUGGCUUUAGCUACCUUUAAUGCUCCGAGCAACGCGCGUCAUCGGGACGAAGCCGGAAACGGCAGCGACGCGGUGCUAGCUUCCAGCUAGCCUUAGCACCGGAAGAACGGGAACGUAGCAGCCAUGGCCGCGGCCGGCGCCCACCUCACCUCCACCGCCGCCCCCGAGCAGCCAUCCAUCUUCGAGGUGCUGGCCCAGGAGUCUCUGAUGGAGGCGGUCCGACCGGCACUGAGGCACGCCGCCAAGGUUCUGGCCGAGUCCAACCCAUCCCGCUUCGGCCUCGCGUGGCGACGCUUCGACGAGCUCUACCUGCUGCUGGACCUCCUCCUCCAGAACCACUUCCUGUCCCACUGCGGCGCUUCCUUCUCCGAGAACUUCUACGGCCUGAAGAGAGUGUCGAGGCGGCGGGGGCUCCCCGUGGGCGGGACGACCCGCUGGCGCUCUCUGCUCCUCCUUUGCCUGGCGCCUUACCUGCGGGCCAAGCUGGAGGCGACGCUGGCGCGGCAGCGGGACGAGGAGGACUUCUCCAUCCGGCUGGCGCAGAGCCGCAGGCAGAGGCUGUACCGCGCGGCCAUGGCGGCGUACCCCUACGUCAGCUCCGCCUGGCAGGCCUGGGCCUUCUGCCAGCAGCUGCUCUUUGUCUUCGGGGGCGCCGGCACCCACAGUCCCUUGCUGUGGCUCGCCGGGGUCCGACUGGCACGACUGACCGCUCGGGACGUCCGAGACAUGGAGCUGAAGAGCAGCAGAACGGGCCGCCCAGCCGAGGGGAGCGUGGCGCACAGAGCAUGGUGGCUGGCGGCGGGGGCGGCGCGCGGCGCGGCCGUGUCCCUCUCCAGCGCCCUCUCGCUGGGCGUCUUCUUCCUGCAGUUCCUGGAGUGGUGGUACUCCUCGGAGAACCGGGACACCGUGAAGAGCCUGACCUCCCUGCCCGCCCCCCCGCCUCCUCUCCACCUGCGGCGGGACUCUCCGGCCGGCCGGGGGACGGACUGCCCGCUGUGCCGCGGGCCGCGCGCCAACGCCGCGGCGCUGUCCACCUCGGGCUUCGUCUUCUGCUACCGCUGUGUCUACGCCUACGUCAAGGCCAACCGCCGCUGCCCCGUCACCGGCUACCCCACGGAGCUGCAGCACCUGGUCAAGAUCUACGCACCGGAGGGGUAGCGCACGCCCCCCCCCCCCCCCCCAAUUGAGGGCACUGUGCCCGAUACUGAGGGACUGGACUCGUUUUACUGUCCCCUCUGUUGAAGUUCUUUGCUCCUCUUUUAUUUUUUGAUUGUCAGUGGUACCAUCGCGUGUUUGUACGUUAAUUCUGAAAUAGUUUUCACAUUUUUUUCGUCAUUGAGACUAUUUGUCUCGGCUCAAGCUGUCCUCCGAUGGUAGGGAAAUGAUAGCAGCUAACUGAAGGGGUCCUCUUUUUAAAUGCUGAUCAACUAAUUUUGUCAAAAAUAAAUUAUUAGUGCUCUUGUU